AUGGCUGUGGUAUGGAGGGCUCGGAUCACGGCGCUGAAGAUGGCCCCCGACCAAGAAACCCGGCUCGUGUUGGUCAUCGAUGCGAGGGAAAGGCUCGAGCCGCGGCUGCCAGAAGGAUACUUUGGGAACGCCAUCAAGAUGAUGCCGCCAGCGGGUACGUGGUUGGCCCGUGACAUAUUGGAGAAGCCACUCUGUUUCGCGGUUAAGAAGAUUCAGGAUGGCAUCGCUAAUUGUGGUGAUGGGGUGAUAAGGUCUACUAUAGAUUGCAUGGAAGCAACGAAAGCAACGUAG